CUGUAUCUGCCAUCUUUUUAACAUGGCGAUUGAUCACAUUUGUCGUAAUUAGUGUUAGUAGCGUCGGUUUUCUAAUAUAAUAUUACGUAUAACCAUGGAUAGUGAUAUUAAUCUAUUGAAUAUCAUUAUUUGAUUUAACAGAGUUAUUUUACUUAGUGAUAUCUGAAAAUCAGUAUUUUCUAUAUUAAGGCAUUCACACGCCUUUAGGGAAGUCUAACCCCAAGCCGCUUACUUUAAGUUAUUGAUUUUUCUUGUUGUUCAAAUAUGAUGAUGUACACGGGCACAAGUACAGAGCAAGAUACACGCUUCAGUGACAAAGAGAAAAAACUAAUGAAGCAAAUGAAGUUUGGAGAUUGUUUGACGCAGCAGGUGGACAUGUCCAAGGUGAAGCUGGAUGUGCUGAAGCCAUGGAUCACACAGAAGAUUACCGAGAUUCUUAAGAUGGAAGAUGAUGUUGUCAUCGACUAUGUCAACAACCAACUUGAGGAAAAGUUCCCAUGUCCAAAGAAAAUGCAGAUCAACUUAACUGGAUUCCUCAACGGAAAGAAUGCUCGGCUGUUCAUGGGAGAACUGUGGGAGCUGUUGCUGAGCGCACAGGCGAGCGAGAACGGCAUACCGGAGUCCUUCACGCAGCAGAAAAAGGAGGAAAUAAAGAAAAGAAUGGAGGAGCAACAAAAAGACAAGGACAAAGAUAAAGAUCGUCGCAGGUCGCGGUCGCGGUCUCGGCGGCGCUCUCGAGACCGGCGUCGCUCACGGUCCAGGUCACGUGACCGUUCUUCUGACAGGAAACAUCGCAGUGGAGGCAGCCCUCGCCGUUCACGAAAACGCAGUCGUGAUAAAAGUAGCCAGUCCAAACCGUCGCAUGUAGAUGAAAUCAAGCUACCAGAGCCGAAAGAAAAUGGAAAGUCACCUGAGAAAGUUGAAGAACCUGAAAAUAAGGAAGAAGUGAACCAUAACUCGACAACUGAGACUAUUAAAGAAGAUAACCAAGAAGAGCCAGUGAAGGAAGAGAAAACUGAAACUGAAACUAAAUCUAGAUCUGCAUCGCCAGAAAAGCCAGCAGCUGAAAAAGAAGAAGAAAAACCUGUUGAAAAAACGCGCAAUUCGUCUAGUGAACGCAGAUCUUCAUCUGCAUCAUCACGUGGGAGUGCUAAGAAGAGAUCUUCACACAAGAAAAGGCAGUAUCGUUCCAAUCGUGACUCAUCUACAAGUGUUAGUCCAAGACGCAGUUCACGCAGGGAGAGGAGCAAGUCUCGUCGUCGCAGCAGUCGGCGUCGCUCGGUGGACCGCCGCGAACGGGAGCGGGAGCGCGAGCGAGAGCGGGAGAGGGAGCGACGUCGACGUGAGCGGGAACGCCGCGAGAGGUCGCGAGAACGUCGCCGAUCGCUUGAAAGACGUAGACGCUCACGUUCACGCUCUCGACGACGUUCAAGAGACAGGUCUCGCGAUCGUAGACGUUCGCGUUCCCGCAGGCGUACGCGUUCUCGCCGUCGUUCCGGGCGUCGCUCGCGCGACCGGCGAUCGCGGGACCGGCGCUCGCGCGACCGGCGCACCAGAGACAGGUCAAGGGAUAAAAGAUCAAGAGAUCGCUCCGGAAAAGAGAGACGAUCGAGGGAUAGAAAGUCCCGCGAUAGGAGGUCGAGCGAUUUGAUUAAGGAGCGCUUGGAGAAAUCUGUAUCCAUACCGCGUAAAGAAAACUUGGAAAAACUACGCAAGAAAUCUCCUGAACGAGUAUCUGUUCCUCGAGAACGCUCUAAGGAACGCGUAUCGAGUUCUAGUCGUGAAUCAUCUGUAGUAAAUGAAAAAACAGUUUCUCAAAAUGAAAGCCAGAUAAAACCAGUUCAAUCAUCUGACGAUGAAGAUAGGGAAGAUUUCAUUGCCGUACCGGUUCUCAGAGAGUAUUCAAAGAGUCUAUCUCGGACACCUUCACCAUUCCUAAGAAAGCAUGAAAUUGAAAACAAAAAAUCUGAUAAAUCUGGUGAUGAUGCUUCUGGAAAAGAACAAAACGAAGAAGAAACUGCUAAAGUUCAAGAAGCAAAGAAAUCUAAACGUAAAGGAAAGCAAUCUGAAUCGGACAGUGAAAGUAGUGAAGAAGUCUCUAAAUCUAAAAGCAAAUCUAAACUGAAACGUAAAGAGAAACCCACUUCAAAAAGGUCUAAGAAGACAAAGAAGGAAAGCUCUUCAAGUGAGAGUGAGUCCGAUGAUUCUUCCUCAAGUGAUUCAGAAGAGGAUAGAAAGAAGAAAAGCAAAAAGAAUGCUAAAAAGAAGUUAGCAAAAAAGUCCCGUAAGAAGAGAGCUCGAUCUUCGAGUUCAGAAUCGAGUUCUGAGGAGGAAGUGAAGCAUAAGAGUUCUAAAAGUAAACAAAAGAACAUUCCAGAAGAAUCUGAUAUUGACAAGAAGUCGAAAAAACGGGGUAAAGAUUCAAAUACUGAACGCUCGAGGCCAGAUAAAGAAAAUAAACAGGUAAAGACUAAAAAAGCUGACAAUUCAGAAGAUUCCCACGACGAUAGCUCGGACAGUGACGAGAAAUCAACUAAAAAGAAAGCUAAGCAUGAUUCUACUUCAUCUGAAAAAGAAUUGAGACGAAAGAAAGCAGAUCCAGCUAAAGAAAAAAUAGCUUCGCCUGAAGUCACUAAAUCCAAGAAAGGUGAAGAGAAACCUUCUAAAAUUAAGCACGCUGAUGAUAUAAAGUCAAAAUCCCGCGAUGAUGGUGAGAAAAAAGCUAAGAAGAGAGAGAAAGAAGAUUCCUCAUCUGACAGUGACCAAGUAUCAAAGAAAAAACCUAGGAAGAAGGUAUCAGAUUCUGAAUCAGAUUCGGACAGCGAUGAACCUAAAAAGUCUAAAAAGGCUAAGAAACAUAAGAAACACUCAAAGAAGCAUAAGAAACAUAAAAAACACAAGAAAGCUUCUAAGCGAAAAGAUGAUUCUUCUGACAGUGACGAAGCAGAAGAGGAAGAAGAGGAGGAGGGUAAGGUGAAUAACGAGGACUUGGAAAAAAAACUUCGUGAAAGGGCAUUGAAGUCUAUGAAAAAGCAAACUAGCGUGUCUGGGUCAGAUUAACAUUUAAGAAAUAAAUUUUAUUCAAAAUUGCGAUAAUGUUCAACUGAUUGUUCAUCCAAAUCAAAUAUUUGUGCUGUUUUGACUAAGUAAUAAUUGUUAUGGUUGAACUUUUUUUGAUAUUCGUUACAUUGAAUAGGAUUAAUUAAGUAAGCAUACAUUUCAGUGGUGACUUUUUCGAUAAAACUUUAAUGUUCAUUAAAUACGCUAUGUAACUAAAAAUUUUUAAUGAAGUAGGAAGUAUGAUUUUAAGAUUACGUGUAUGUCUUUGUUAGUAAUAAAAUUUGCUAAUUAUGCA